CUUCAAAUUGCGCGCCGUCAUAAUCAAAUUAGGCUGAAAAAAUCAGAUUUUACAGCUCAGCUUGUCAAUUUCCUUACAGUCUGAAGACUUACUGCGUACUAUGAACUACAUCGUGUUGAUCUGCAUUUUUGCAUACAUUUGCGUCUGGCGAUUCGCCGAAGCUGCUCCAUUCAUAAGCAUUCAGUCCAGUUCAAGAACAAGGUCUCAGAAAAUAAUGAACGGCUUAUUGAGAACUCUGUACGACUACAACAUACGGGACAAUGUGGACGAUGCCAAUGGACAAUUGGUUCACAGCCGGAUGGCCGAUUUCAAAUCGGAUAUUAUGAGCCCGGAGGAACAACAGAAUAUUCGCGAUCAGAUGGUCAUCUUCUAAAAACAUAGUCUUUUUGCUUGUUUACCUUAUAAUAAAAUAUAAUAAAACAUAUUAGCAUGGAAAGUA